AUGCAAAUAGCAAUUCAAAAAGUCCAUGCACUAUUACCGUUUUCGGAAGAGGAUGCACAUAGACUGAGACCGUUAUCUAAGAUUACUUCAGGAAUUGCACAACUUUUAUUGCCAAUGAUCCGACGAGUCUCAGCAUUGAUCAUCCCACCAAUUGUCACGUUCGUUGUUAAGUGGACGCCGUCUUUUGUGUGGGUUCUUCUUGACUUUUUCUUGGACAUUUGGCUCUUUUGGGUCCGCAAGCUAUAUUAUUCCCACACAAGAAAGGACACUUUGAAAGAGAAUGUGAAGAUGCUAAAGAAUGUCGAGACUUACGAAGAGUUUGUUCGUAUUGUCACAGAGAUUGAUAGACUCACCAACAUGGACUUGUGGAGAAAGAAUUUUGUCUCCAAGCAUUAUGAUUACAUUCUCAUCAAUGAUAGAAUGGAACUUCUUCGUCAAGCUAGACUCAAUAAAGAUGCAUCGUUUAUCAUGUCACUACUACGGUCUGGGCUCAUACGGAACUUUGGAGGCAUUGCUCAAAAGAGACUUUACACCAAAUCGUAUUUGGGAACGAAACUUAAGAUCCAGGAAUACAUUGUGGAAGUGCUCGAUUGUUUGAAAUAUCUUAACGACUCCAUCGAAGCCGUGGGUGAAAAUGAUUAUAUUAUGAAUGGGAAGCAACUCAAAAUUAAUUUCUUCCAGGACGCUCGUCAGCUGUUUGGUUGCACAGCCUUGAUUCUACAGGGUGGUUCAUUGUUUGGUAUUUGUCACUUAGGAGUAGUUAGGGCACUUUUUUUCAAGGGCUUACUCCCCAGAGUUAUAGGUGGUAGCGCAGUUGGGGCAGCAGUUGCUUCUCUCGUAUGCACCUUAACUAACAACGAGUUGAUGCCGAUCUUGGUAUCCAUUGUCGAUGUUAUGGGCGAUGUCGAUAAACUUAACCACGAGGUUGACGAGAGGUACGGAAAUGUGAUUGAAAACGUGGUUCGAAAGGGCUACUCCCAGGAUAUCCUAAUUUUUCUUAAAUUCGUUCGUGAUACCAUAGGCGAUAUGACAUUCGAAGAAGCCUAUUUGAAAACUCAAAGAAUAUUGAAUAUCGUUAUUCAUCCCUCCCACACAGCGGUUCCAUCGCUACUUAACUAUAUAACUGCUCCUAAUGUCAUUAUAUGGACAGCUAUUUACGCGUCCAUCGGGAACCGGAGUCUUAUCCGAUGA